AUGAGCUGCCAACGAAGAGGUCCUUGGUCCCAGCAAGAAGAUGUCUACCUGAUGGAUCUUGUCAAAACACACGGUGCUCUCAACUGGGUCCGCAUUGCCACAACUCUGGGCUCAAGAACACCAAAGCAGUGCCGUGAGCGCUAUCACCAAAACCUAAAGCCUUCUCUCAACCACGAGCCAAUCACACCUGAGGAGGGCCUUCUGAUCGAGCAACUUGUACAGGACAUUGGAAAACGCUGGGCCGAAAUUGCACGCCGCCUUCAUGGCCGUAGCGACAACGCUGUCAAGAACUGGUGGAACGGCAGCCAAAACCGACGCAGAAGAUCCGACCGUCGACGUGUUGGGCAGAGUCACGAUGAUUAUUACCACCACAUGAACCGCUCCGGACUUUCUAUCUCAACACCAGCCUAUCCCAUGCAUGGAGGCCAUCCGUCGCCGCUUUCACGCCAGGCCAUCCGUCACCCAAUUCCCUCGUGGGUUGAAGCCCCUCUACCUUCGCCAUGCUCCUCCGACUCUGCCGAGUCCGAAAUUGGAUCCAACUACACAACCUCACCCUCUCACCAAUCUCUUCGUCUCCACAUGCCUGUCGAGCUACCGCCACUGCGUAGCACACAUGUCCCUGUCCAUGUUGACCCCAGACUCCCUAGCCUCAACACAGUGGCCUCUCCGUACUAUCAAGACCGACCUGAGUACCAACCCAGGUUGUCGGCACCAUAUGUUCCUCAAGAGCAGCUACCCACAGCACCCAACUCACCUGUACAACAUCAAUCGCAGCCUAGAAAGGUGCAGGACUCUCGUAUGAACCUGUCUUCUCUUUUGGACUAA